CAGCAUUCUUUGUUGCUUCGACGGAACCCUAGCUUCGUCGUCGUCUUUCAACUGUAAACAAUGAAGCUCGUCAGGUUUUUGAUGAAAUUGAUCAACGAGAGCGUGUCGAUUGAGCUCAAGAAUGGCACUGUUGUUCAAGGCACAAUUAUAGGUGUUGAUAUUAGCAUGAACACUCAUUUGAAGGCUGUAAAGCUUACUCUGAAGGGCAAAAAUCCAGUGAGCAUGGAUCACCUUAGUGUAAGGGGUAACAAUAUUCGUUAUUACAUCCUUCCCGACAGUUUAAACCUCGAGACAUUGUUGGUGGAAGAGACACCUAGAGUCAAGCCCAAGAAGCCAAUUGCUGGGAGAGCCUUGGGGCGUGGUAGGGGCCGCGGUCGUGGGCGUGGACGUGGUAGGGGCCGUUAGAUACGGCUUCAAUCAUCUCUAUUUUUUGAUACAUUUGUGUAACUGAUGGAGAGAUCAUCGUAUACUAUAGGGUUCGUACCUAACCGGAAUUGAUUGUGAGUACCGAGUAAAAAGAUAUUUGGCAUUUUUAGUCCUUGUUAUUUUCGUGCUAAUUGAAGCAGUCUUUUUCGUAUAUGCAAAGUUUGCAGUGGCCGUUGAUCUUAAUCAUGCUGUAUGCAUCUGAAACAGCCGUUAAUAGCAGCAAAGUUAUCGUUCAAACUUCUAAUCAUCUUUCGUAAUUUGUUUAAAAUGGCUAUAUUUUGUAUCGAAAAUCAUUUCUUUGAGGAUCUUUUACUUCUUAA